AUGGCGCAUAGCUUCAGCACAUUUCUGUCAUAUGUUCGUUACGAGUUCUAUUGACAGUGACAUUUUGACGAAAUCAUUUGUUGCAUUAAAUAUUGAAUACUGGAUGAUUAUUACGUUUAUAGAACGCUGUUAUUUGCAAAAGCUAGAGUUAGACAUUUGUGCCAUUGAGAACAGACGUUUCCUGUAUAAUUUACUUUGUUCACUGUCAUUUACAACGAUGAAUUCUAUAGAAAAAAAAUGUUGUCCUUUUAUGGAGAAAUGUUACCGGAAAAAUCCGAUUCACUUCGGCGAAAUGUCACAUCCUCAUUUGGAGGAAUUGCUAAUAGACCAGUUGGAUGGUGCGAUUGAAAUACCAGAGGUGCUUCAUUUUACAUGUGAUGAUCGUGCGCAGCUGUUGGAUCAAUUGAAAGUUUUGCAAAUGGUGCUCAGAAAACAGAGGGACAACAAGAGCAGGAGCAAUCAGUUGUCUGUAAUUAGUAGCUCAUCUUCUAAAACAGAAUGCACAUCUACUGCUACAUCAAAUACUAAAGAUGAUUUGAAAGAAAAGAUAGAGAGACAUAAGAAAGCGACUGCACUGAGAAGGCAUGAUAAGCUUAAGCAAAUGGACACGGAAGCUCAGGCACUCUCUAGAGCUUUAGCUGGUGAAGAAUGUGAUAGUUCAAAAAGUGUCAAGACGAAAAAGAGAAAUCAGGAAGCAUCAGAAGCCGGUUCUUCUGUUACAAAGAAGAUGAGACAAAUGAGCAUAGAGAGCAGCAGUCGCACUAAGGAUAGUCAACAGAGUAUCAGUGACUCGAGCAGUUCUACAAGCAAUGAGCGAAAUUCGCGUUCAGGAACAUCUAUCAUGGAUAUGUAUCAAGCUUGUGGUUCCGAAAUGUCGAGAAACGAAAUUAGGAAGAAAGCUAUAAAGAUGAUGAGACAAUCUGGGUACGGGGUGUCUGUUGUGGAGCCAGGAGAGUUUGCGAUAAAAUAUGCCUUUUCAGCACCUUAUCAUUUAUUCUACACGAGGGUCGAAAAUUCCCACGAGACUUACAAUCAACAGUUCUCCAUAACUUUCCCCGAGAUUCUUGAUCGAAGUCUUGGCGAAAUCGUUAAUAGUCUUCAUUUAAAUUUUAUGGUAGACGUUGGAUGGCUGUGCUUGCAGUAUCUGUUGGCUGGUCAACGUACUGAUAUGAUGAUUCUGUAUGGCGAAAGAGUGGAUCAUGAAAAAUUGCAUAGCAAUAUCACCAUGAUAGAAGUGGAACUGCCAACCAAGUUUGGCUGUCAUCAUUCGAAGGUUAUGAUCUUGCAGUACAAAGACGACGGGAUUAGAGUUGUUAUCUCCACCGCUAACUUGUACUCUGACGAUUGGGAAAACAGGACACAAGGAUUGUGGAUCUCGCCUCACUUACCUCGGUUACCAGAAUCUGCGAAUCCUAGUGAUGGGGAAUCUCCAACAGGCUUUAAGAAAGAUCUUGAGCGAUAUCUGAGUAAAUACAGACUUCCGGAUUUGACACAGUGGAUAUGCAUAGUACGGAGAGCGGACUUUUCUGACGUGAAAGUAUUCCUUGUUGCUUCCGUUCCCGGAACUCACAAAGAUAACGAAUCCGACUUUUGGGGACACAAAAAAUUGGGAUUUGUUCUAUCACGUCAUGCCACAUUGCCACCGGAUGCCCCUCAGUGGCCUAUAAUCGCGCAAAGUUCCAGCAUAGGCAGCCUUGGUCCGAACUUUGAAAGCUGGUUGUCGAAAGAUAUAAUACCGUGUAUGUCGAGGGAAACCACUAAAGGUUUAAAGAGUCACCCACACUUCCAGUUUAUUUAUCCGUCGAUACAGAAUUACAAGGAGAGUUUUGAUUGUCGAAAUUUAUCCUGCUGCUUACCUUACAGUACAAAAGUACAUUCUAAGCAACAAUGGGUAGAAUCGUAUUUAUACCAAUGGAAAGCUAGACGAACAGGACGAGAGCGAGCGAUGCCUCAUAUUAAAUCUUACACGAGAAUUUCGCCUGAUUUGAAAAGAAUACCCUGGUUCGUGCUUACCAGCGCGAAUUUAAGUAAAGCCGCAUGGGGAGUCCAACGAAAUAACCAUUACAUAAUGAGCUAUGAGGCCGGCAUUAUAUUCAUACCGAAAUUUAUCACUGGGACAACAACGUUUCCUAUCGAGGACGAAGAGGAUCCUGCCGUCCCGGUAUUUCCGAUUCCCUAUGAUCUUCCAUUGUGUCGAUAUGAAUCGGGCGAUCGUCCUUUCGUCUGCGAAUUCCUCAGUUCUUUGGGCAGAAUAUAAUUUUUUUAGCAGAUGAUACGAAUGCUUUUUAAAAUUUGAUUUAAAUGACAAAAUAUUUUUGCAUUCAUGUUUAUAUAUUUAUUUACAUGUAUUUUUUUACAAAAUAAUGAAGCAUUAAAUAUAAAUUUUUUCUCUUUCGAUCGAAACCUUUCCUUUGGCAUUUAUAAAAGUAGAUAGGAAAAAAUUUACAAUUAUAAUUUAGAAAAUUAAAGAUUUUUGAUUACAGAUAUUGGAAAUUAGUUUUCGAUGUAGCUAUUUGAUUAUUCAUAUUUGUAUAUGUUAUCUUUAAUGACUCAUUGCUUAAUUAUUUACACAUUCAGAAGACAAAAGCAAAAAAGCAAUAAAUUGAAAUGUUAACGGAUUCUCAUAUGGCGCAUGACUUUUUUCUUAGUUUCGAUUUCGCGACUAAUUCAUGCCGGUCGCCUCAGACACGUUUUCCAUAAAACAUCGGCACGAAAGUGCUUCCUCGAUGCGAGGACCGAAACGUAAUAUUAGCGUCGGCCAUUGUACAUGCUCAGCCUUCAAACAGCUGUUAAUCAAAUCGUGGCAUGUACGAAGUAAUUAUGCGUAUCCUACGCACGUUGAGCAAUGUAUCUUGUCAAGAUUUAAAUGUACAAUUUUUUUAAGAAAAACACGAAAUAAUAAAGUCGCAAGUUCAUGUGACCGGAUAUUUAUUAAGACCAGAUACUUUCAUUGUAAGGCAAAGAUUGCAGAGAUUCCAUUUUUUCUUGGGAAAUGAUUUUAUUAACAAAUCACCAGUUAAUUUCAAGGACGUUUUGGUGCUAUUAUAUAAACUAAAAUUUAUUGAAAUUGAACAAAACUUUUAUUGUUCAAAUUUUUAUCAUAAAUUAUUAAAAUUAAACAAUUUUUAUUGUCUAAAUUUUUAUUAUAACAAAAAGGUCUCUCAUGUUUAUUUUUUAAAUUAACGAUAAAAAUUUUGAUUGUGAAAGUAUUUUUGGAAAUUAACUACAAAGAAGAUAACGAAAAAUUUGAUUUACAAAGAUUUAUGUGGCGAAAAGCUAUUUUUUUCUUAGUUUUAGAUAAAUAGUCAAGGCUCGAGGGAAACACACACAUUAGACUUCAAUGUAUUCAAUUAUUGAUUUAUAUUUUUAGUGCAACUCUUCUGUAACUUAUUCCGUUUAUAUUGUUGCAACGCGAAAUGUGUACCACAUAAUUUUUACGUACCUAAGUACUUGAUAAGGACCGAAAUCAACGAUCGAAACGUUGUGCGCUAUUUAUUAAAUAUAUUUGAGGCCAGUCAAGUCAAACGUAAUAAUUACAUUGGUUUUUUCUUAGAUAAAUAACUUUUAGAUGUAAGUGGAUUUAAAUAAACUUUUUCAU